AUGGGGAACUGCAACGCCUGUAUAAGACCACAACAACAAUCCACCAGCAAGAAGAACAAAAAGAGCAAAGAACGCCGCCCCAACCCCUACGCAGAUUCCCCCGCUCCAAUUCGCGUCCUAAAAGAUUUCAUCCCCAAAACCCGAAUCUCCGACAAGUACACCCUCGGCCGGGAACUGGGUCGGGGCGAGUUCGGCGUCACCUACCUCUGCACCGAGCGGGCCACCCGCGAAGCCCUGGCCUGCAAGUCCAUCUCCAAGAACAAGCUCCGCACCGCCGUGGACAUCGAGGACGUCCGCCGCGAAGUCGCCAUAAUGUCGACCCUCCCCGACCACCCCAACAUCGUCAAGCUCCGGGCCACCUACGAGGACGACGAGGCGGUCCACUUGGUCAUGGAGCUUUGCGAAGGGGGCGAGCUUUUCGACAGAAUCGUGGCGCGUGGGCAUUACAGUGAAAGAGCCGCCGCCGCCGUGGCCAAGACCAUAGCGGAGGUGGUGCGUAUGUGUCACGCUAAUGGAGUUAUGCAUCGAGACUUGAAGCCUGAGAAUUUCUUGUUUGCUAAUAAGAAAGAGAACUCUAUGCUUAAAGCUAUUGAUUUUGGCUUGUCUGUAUUUUUCAAGCCUGGUGAGAGAUUUUCUGAGAUUGUGGGGAGUCCAUACUACAUGGCACCUGAGGUUUUGAAGAGGAAUUAUGGACCAGAGGUUGAUAUUUGGAGUGCUGGGGUUAUCCUUUACAUUUUGAUAUGUGGGGUUCCUCCAUUCUGGGCUGAAACUGAACAAGGGGUUGCUCUUGCGAUUUUGAGGGGAGUGAUUGAUUUCAAGAGAGAACCGUGGCCUCAAGUUUCUGAAAGUGCGAAAAUUCUAGUUAGGCAGAUGCUCGAACCAGACCCCAAAAAGCGGUUAACUGCCCAACAAGUACUAGACCACCCUUGGAUUCAAAAUGCUAAGAAAGCUCCAAAUGCUCCUUUGGGUGAUGUAGUCAGGACACGUCUGAAGCAGUUUUCUCUUAUGAAUAAAUUCAAAAAGAAAGCACUGCGGGUAAUUGCAGAAUACUUAACCAUUGAUGAGGUAGAAGUAAUCAGAGAAAUGUUCACGAUGGUGGACACGGAUGGUGAUGGGAAAGUAACGUAUGAAGAACUAAAAGCUGGACUCCGGAAAGUUGGGUCCCAGUUGGCAGAGCCCGAGAUAAAGUUACUGAUGGAUGUGGCUGAUGUUGACGGUAAUGGUCUCCUGGACUAUGGGGAGUUUGUAGCAGUUAUAAUCCACCUACAGAGAAUGGAGAAUGACGAGCAUUUCCACAGAGCGUUCUUGUUUUUUGACAAAGAUGGAAACGGGUACAUUGAUCUUGAUGAGCUAAGAGUAGCUUUGGCUGAUGAAUCGGGUGAAUGUGACAUCAGUGUACUGAAUGAGAUUAUGCGAGAAGUUGAUUCAGAUAAGGACGGUCAAAUUAGUUACGAGGAGUUUGUUGCAAUGAUGAAAACGGGAACUGACUGGAGAAAGGCAUCUCGGCAAUACUCGAGAGAAAGGUUCAAGAGCCUCAGCCUUAAUCUGAUGAAGGAUGGAUCUGUGCAGCUUCAAGAUGGGCUAACCGGCGAAACUGUUGUGGUUUGAGUUGAACACCUUUCAUGGCUUGCAUCCAUUUUGGAUAAUUUUACCUGACAACUUUGGUGACUACAUCUCCAAAAACUAGCAUUCAUGCAUAUAAUUAUUGGAUUUGUGCUUGGAAUUUUGGGAUUGUUUUGGAAGAUAACAUAUAUAGGUUAGUUUUUGUAGUCAUAGGUAGGAGGUUGUGGUCAGAUUGUAUGUUUUUUUUUUCUUUUAUGUUUAGGGUUGUAUGUAUGUAUAUGCACAUUUCUAAAUCCACAAAGCCACCAAUAUACUGAAAAAUAUCAAUUAUGUAAAUUUUUAUAUUUUCUUUCUUCUUUGUUUUCCCCUUCUGAUUUAUGUAACUGUGAUAUGAAAUUCUAUUGAAUUGUUUUGACA